UUGACCCCUACUUUUUUUUAUCCAAUCAGAUGCGAGAGCUCCGUCCCGCCUACUCUCGGGUUAUUAUUAACCCUUUGGUGGAUGGGAAUAGUUUUGUUUGUAACAUAAAUGAGUUUUAAAAUUCAUAUAAAGACGAUACAUAUUAUGAUAUAACCGACUAUUUGUGCAACCAUAUCAUAUGAGUGUUCAGAAAUAUCCUACUUAUUUAGAAAGCCUAAAGUUUCCAGCAUUUGAAUUUUGAAGGCUAUAUCCUCCUGCACAUCACGAAUAAUAACAUUUAAGGUAUUUCAAACGAGCCUUCUGAUGCAAAUAUCACACUGGCCUGUGUUGAAAAUGAUGCGAAUGAGCUUAAAUGAAAAUUGAAGAAACUUUUAACGAUUCAAAGUCUGAGCACAUCGCCUCUGUUUUCUUAAGUGGUCCAAUCCGGAACGCCGAGAUCAGCCAGUCCCGGGCUGCUGCUCCCACUCGGACUAGCUUACCAUUCAUCUCAGCACUGCAGCAAUGGCAGCGAUCAAGGUGGCACUGAAUGGACGCUUUCUUCAGCCUCUCUCCCUGUCAUGUGGGUCGUUGCGGUUUGUCAGUUCUUCCUUUAAGGCUGCAGAUCUUACCAUAGAGAGGAACCCUGUAGUGAAGCCAAAGCCAGACCCCUCAACCCUCGUGUUCGGCAAGCAGUUUUCCGACCACAUGCUGAACAUCAGCUGGUCUGCGGCAGGAGGAUGGGAGGCACCUCAGAUCAAGCCCUUCCAGAAUCUGUCCCUGCACCCUGCUUCCUCAGCCCUGCAUUACUCCAUAGAGCUAUUUGAGGGUAUGAAGGCUUUCCGGGGAGUAGAUAACCAUAUCCGUCUCUUCAGGCCUAUGCUCAAUAUGGAGCGCAUGUACCGGAGCACCGAGAGGAGCUGCCUGCCGUUAUUUGAUAAGGUCGAACUGAUAAAGUGUAUCAAUAAGCUGAUUGAGGUCGACCAAGAAUGGGUUCCUUACUCCACAGACGCCAGCCUGUACAUCAGACCAACCUUCAUAGGAACUGAACCUUCUCUAGGUGUGUCUCGAACAGGUCAUUCUUUGCUCUUUGUCAUCAUUGGGCCCGUUGGACCUUAUUUUGCAACUGGAGGCUUUAGUCCAGUGUCAUUGCUGGCAGAUCCUCGAUAUGUCCGGGCCUGGAGGGGCGGCGUUGGAGAAUACAAGAUGGGCGGUAACUACGGGCCGACGAUUGCUGUUCAGAGCGAGGCGGCCAAGCAGGGGUGCCAGCAGGUCCUCUGGCUGUACGGAGAGAAUGAGGAGAUCACGGAGGUCGGAACCAUGAAUCUCUUCAUCUACUGGACCACAGAGAAAGGAGAGAAAGAGUUGGUCACCCCUCCACUUGAUGGCGUCAUUCUUCCAGGAGUCACCAGGCAGUCACUGCUAGACCUUGCCAGAGAAUGGGGGGACUUCAAAGUGACAGAGCGCAGAGUUUUAAUGAAGGAGCUAAUAGACGCUUUAGAGGACGGCCGCAUUCUGGAGGUGUUCGGUUCAGGCACUGCAUGCGUGGUGUGUCCUGUUGGCAGUCUGCUCUACAGAGGACAGACUUACCAAAUUCCCACAAUGAAGAACGGUCCGGACCUUGCUAAGAGAUUCCAUAAGGAGCUCACUGACAUCCAGUAUGGACGCACUCCGAAGGACUGGGCGCCAGUGAUCGUCUAACCGAUCUGAAGCAGGUUUCAUGUCUAAAACCGCUCAUCUCUAGUGUUUGUGUGUAGACUAAAUAGACAGGGGUGUUAUUCAACAGUAACAACCUUUUUAAACAGAAAACCAUCUAUUACAUGUAUGCAGUCUUUCCAUGCUUGCUUGGAUAUCCAUAUGGCACAAUUUGUUGCACUAGAGAUCGUCCUUAAACCUGAGCACAAGCGUCAUAAGCCAUAUAUAAGCAACUAUAGGCAACAAGCAAAUAUAUUCUCCUUGCAAUAGUUACUGAUCCAAUCUGUAAACUUUUUUUUCUUGUUUUACCAACAAGUCACACUUUUGCCGUUUCCCUUUUGUCUCCUAAAAUUUAAUUUUCCUACAACUUUUAUCUGUAGUAACAUUUCAAAUUUCAUAUUGCGGGAAUGGUGCUAAGAAAUCAGGCAGUUGAGAAGGAUCUGACUUCUGCACAUAAUAAUUUUUAUGUAAAUGUUCAGUCAAUGAGCUGCUUGUUUGUGUAACGCAAGAGAACAGGUGUCGUAAGUUUCUUUCUUACUAGCAAGAGGACAGACAGACAGACAGACAGACAGUUGUUUUUUAAAAGACACUAAAUUGACUUUUAAGUCCAAAUUUGUAAAGAUUGUGUAAAUGAUUGUGUAUGUCUAUCUAGAGAAGGACAAGGACAAUGUGUUAUCGCCAGAUUUAGAUGAUUUAAAACCAUGAGCUGAACUUAUGUAAGCACAAAGGGCUUAAGGAUGGCCCGGACAUAGCAGCUCUAGAGACCACUAGAAAAGUCUUGAUGUGAUAAUUGUAGGUGAUCAUUACUCGGCUCUGUGUGUGUGUGUGUGUGUCUUAUCUAUAUGAUAUAUUUGGAACAACAAUGUGACCUAUAUGUACAUGUGUUUGUGAAAUAUGUAAUGUUCACUGAACAUGUAGAAUGUAUCGGUUUUAACUUAUUCCUGGUGUUGUUUUAAUGGCUAGAAUACCUAUCGGCUCCUUGUUUCAUUUUUUUUCCCGCUUCAUUUUAAAUUUGUGUUUUAAUCCAUGCACUCCACAUCUCUUCUGUCUAAGUGCCUGAUGGAGUUGGCUGAAUCUUUCACAUUUGUCAUUAUUGUGGUGAGGGGGCUGCUGCUGCACUCAUGAUUCUUUUGUUUUGUUCGAAGGGUUUUCUAAGUAGAUGUCUUUACUUUUUCGGUUACUGUAUUUUUACAAAUAAAUAAAAUUUG